AUGUCCCUCUCCUUCAACCCCACAAUGUGUCGCCCAAUCCUCCGACGAAGCGCCUACAAGCGCCUGAGCCUACCCAACGAGAAGCGCCGCAGCACGCUGAAGCAGCGGUACGCGCGACACAAGAGGAGCCGCACGUACAAGCGGACGAGGAGGAUCGCGUUCAAGGUGAAGCGGGGAUUGCUGCGCGCGCUGUACCAGCUGCCGUGCACGUUUGGGAUGAGCAUACCGACGCAGAGCCCGUUUCCGAUAGUUGGCGUCGAGGUGUUGCUUUUCAAUAUAAAAAUUCAAUAA